AUGAAGUUCAAUGCUCUGCAAACUGUUCUGGCCCUUCUCGCGCAGCUCGUGGUCCUGACGCACGCAAGAGCGACGAUCAACCAGCAGAUCUUGUCUCUGAAGGAGGCGAACUCGACGCUCAUCCAGUACCCAACCCAAAUCACGCAAAACAUCGUGCCGAAGGCGAUUCACUCCCACAACGACUACUGGAGAGACGUGCCGCUUCUGACUGCGCUUAGCUUGGGCGUGGCGAGCGUCGAGGCAGACGUUUGGUUGGUCAAUGGGACGCUAUUUGUUGGACAUGAGGUCCAGGCGCUGACGAAGGACCGUACGUUCGACUCGCUAUACGUCCAGCCCAUCCUCCAAGUGUUGCAAGUGACGAACCAUCGUUCGCCCUUCACCGUGAAUCAGACCGGCGCGAACGGGGUGUUCGACAUGGAUGGCGGCCUUCCUCUGCAGCUCUUGAUCGACAUGAAGACAGACGGCCCGAGCACCCUGCCGUUUGUCGUGAAAGCCCUGCAACCCCUCCGCGAGAAGGGUUACUUGACCACGUUCGCGAACGGCACCCUGACCGUGAAGCAGGUGACGGCCGUCGGCACCGGGAACACGCCUCUGGACGGCGUGAAGGCCCUCGAGCCGCGCGACGUGUUCUUCGACGCGCCCCUUACGCAGCUGAACGACCCGUCGCUUAACACGACCUUCGACUCGACGAUAUCGCCCCUUGCGUCCACGGACUGGGAGAGCGCCAUCGGCUGGAGUGGGAUUGGGAACAUCAGCGACUCGCAGCUGGGGAACCUCACGCGAUUCAUCGCGGACGCGCACGCGCUGGGCAUCAAGGCCCGCUUCUGGGACACGCCCGAGUGGCCCAUCUUCGCGCGAAACGCGAUCUGGCAGGUGCUGGCGGACAACGGGGCGGACUGGUUGAAUGCGGAUGAUUUGGAAGCGGCGAGCUCGUUCUGA